AUGGAAGAUUUUAUUGACUUUUCUCACUUUGAAGGAGUGAAUUCUUUUUCUCUGAAUGUUGAGUUUCAUGAUGAUGGCUACAACUGGAAGAAGUAUGGGUAUAAGCAGGUGAAAGAUUUUUUGUUCACUCGAAGUUAUUAUAUGUGCACACAUCAAGAUUGUCCCGUUAAGAAGAAUGUUGUGCAUUCUCUUGACGGCCAUGUAACUGAAUUAGGUUAUAAGGGAAAUCACAAUCACCAACCUCAUCAUCCCAACAAUCUCACUUCAAAUGAAAGUUCUAUUAUGAAAGAAUCUAUGAAAACUACAGUUCAACAUGUGUCAGAAAUAAGUGAGAGGCAGGAAAUAGGUGGUCAAGAAUUGGUUGAGAAAAAUGAUGAACCAGAUCCUAAGAGAAGAAACACACAAAUGGAUCUUGUGGAUAUUCCAAUAUCUUCACGCUUCAAUACCUUAAAGGAUAGACUCAUUGUGAAAAUAAUAAGCGAUGUGGAUAUUUUGGAUGAUGGAUAUAAAUGGCGCAAAUAUGGGCAAAAAGCUAUUAAAGGCAGCCCAAAUCCGAGGAGCUAUUACAGAUGCACAACCCCAAGUUGCAUUAUUCGAAAACAUGUUGAAAGGGAUCCUACAGAUAUAGCAACUGUUAUAACAACAUAUGAAGGAAAGCAUAAUCAUGAUGUGCCACCACCUACUACUAAGAGCCUCAUUCUUGCCAAAGCUAGCGCAUUGCGGCUAAGAUCAUAA